AUGAAAUCCACUAUAUUUAUCCUUGUGAUUAUUUUCUUCUUCCCUUAAUUCAAAGCCUAAUGUGACAGUAAUCCUUCAUAUUGCAAAAACGAAGGUAUCUGCGGAGUAAAUGGGUUUUGUAUAUGCUAGAGCUUUUAUUAUGGAGACAGAUGUGAAAAUAAAGAUCCUGAAUCUGAGCAAGCAGUUUUAUUUUCAGAUGGAACCAAUUCUGGACUACUUUUUUUUUACUGUUUCCUUAUAAUGAUUCCUCUACCUUUCUGUUUAUAUCUUUGCAUCGCUAUAUGCAUAAAACUAUGUACUGAUGAAUUGUAUGAGCGUACUUGCGGAGAGACUGUGUCAGAUGCUUUUUGCUGUAAUGGAAAAUUUUGUAAUGAUGAUGAUAGUGAUUGUGAUUGUUGCUGA